AUGCUUGCUACCAGAUCCAUUCGCAAUCCGGUGAUUCGUUUACAAGCUAUCGUUCGCCAUUACAGCCGAAUCCAUGAUCGAAAUGCUGUAGGCAAACUUGUGCAGCGUCAUCGUCCUGGCAGGCUUCUUGGCCGGCCAAAUGAUCGAAUCAAUGCAAGGCUUAACCCAUGGUCUCCUCGAUUGAUUCAUGCAAGAUGGUUAUGUGCAGCAAAACCACCUAAUGGAGAUCCUAAAGACAAGAACGAUAACGACAUUAAAGUGAAGAUUGUAGGGGGUAAAGGUGCUACAACGGCUAAUGUCCCUGCUCAAGUGAUUGUUCCAGAUUACUUUCCUGAAGUGCCAUGCUUAACUGUAUCACGUAGUCCGGUUUAUCCACUAUUUGUCAAAGUCAUCGAAGUGACUAACAAAGAGUUAAUACAAUUACUGCUUCGUCGGUUCAAGAUUGGACAGCCUUAUGCUGGUGUCUUCUUGAAAAAAGAUAAGAAAAAUACUUCGGACGUCGUCCAUUCACUAGAUGAAAUCUAUCCCAUUGGUACUUUUGUCAAGGUUGGAGAUUAUGCAAUCACCGGUGAUAAGUUAAGAAUGUUUGUGCAAGGACAUCGGAGGAUUCACCUACAAGAGAUCAUUGAAGGACAACCGGCUGAGAUUAUCACAGAAAACGAAACUGGAGAAACGGUUAUUAUUAAAAGUCAAUCAAAGGAAAGCCAAGUAGAGGAAACAAUAACGAAACAAGAUGAAGAACAGACCGUUGAAAGUGAUUCUGGUAAACAGGAGCCACUACUAAUGAUAACAUCUGAAAAUUGGGCACAUUUACCAUAUGAUAAAGAUCCAGAACUCAAGACCACCAUUAAGGCAAUAUCCCAAGAAAUCAUGGAUACUGUCAGAAAGCUGAUUAAAUUAAACCCUGUGUAUUAUGAAUCGCUGCAGCAUUUAAUUGAAGCAAAUAGAAAGAUGGUAGAAGAUCCAAACCACUUGGCUGAUUUUGCUGCAUCGUUAACCACUUCUGAACCCGAAGAGUUGCAAGCAGUAUUAGCAGAACAGGACAUUCGUGCUCGACUGCUGUUAUCUUUGGAAUUAUUGAAAAAAGAAUGUGCCCUAGCAGAGUUGCAGCACCAAAUCGGGAAAGAAGUUGAAGAAAAAAAUGUUAAUAUGCAGCGGAAAUAUUUACUUCAAGAGCAGUUAAAAAUUAUUAAAAGAGAAUUAGGAAUUGAGAAAGAUGACAAAGACGCAAUAAUGGAGAAAUAUAGAGAGAGAUUAAAGGAUAAAACUGUUCCAGAAGAUGCCCAAAAAGCAAUUGAUGAAGAGCUAAGCAGACUUUCUGUCUUAGAUAGUCAUUCGCAAGAAUUUGGGGUAAUAAGAAAUUAUCUCGAUUGGUUGACAAUUAUGCCGUGGGGACAAUAUAGCACUGAAAAUUUAGAAAUUAAUAAAGCUAAACAAAUUUUGAAUGAAGAUCAUUAUGGUCUAGACGAUAUUAAAGAUCGAAUUCUCGAAUUUAUAGCUGUAGGACAGCUGAAAAAAUCGGUUCAUGGCAAAAUUAUUUGUUUCGUAGGCCCUCCAGGUGUCGGUAAAACGAGUAUCGGAAAAUCAAUUGCUCGAGCCUUGAAUAGAGAAUUUUUUCGUUUUAGUGUUGGUGGAAUGACUAAUGUUGCAGAAAUAAAGGGUCACAGGAGGACCUAUGUUGGAGCAAUGCCAGGCAAAGUGAUUCAAUGUUUUAAAAAGACCAAUACUUCGAAUCCAGUCAUUUUAAUAGACGAAGUUGAUAAAAUUAGUACGAGCUACCGAGGAGAUCCCUCAUCAGCAUUAUUAGAAGUAUUAGAUCCCGAACAAAAUGUCAGUUUCCUCGAUCACUAUUUGGAUGUUCCUGUUGAUUUAUCUAAUGUGCUAUUUAUUUGUACGGCAAAUGUGUUGGAGACUAUUCCUGGACCAUUGCAAGAUCGUAUGGAAGUUAUUAAUGUAUCAGGCUAUAUAUCCAAUGAAAAAAUCGCAAUUGCUAAGCGUCAUUUAAUUCCAGUUGCCCAAAACUCUUGCGGAAUUCAAGAUAGGAACGUUUCAUUAUCAGAAGAUGCAGUGCGUGCUUUGGUAGAAUCAUACUGUAGAGAAAGCGGCGUAAGAAAUUUGCAGAAGCACAUAGAAAAGAUAUUUCGUAAAGCGGCGCUUAAAAUUGUCCAAGGAACUGACGAAAUAACAGUAGACAAUAACAAUUUAGAAGAUUUCGUUGGACAGCCUGUGUUUAAAAGCGACAAAAUUUAUGAAUCAACUCCACCUGGCGUUGUUAUGGGAUUAGCCUGGACGGCCUUAGGAGGAUCAACGCUGUACAUAGAAACAGUAUCCAACACUGUAUAUGAGAAUGAUAGCAAAAGCCAAUCGGGAAUAGAGUUAACUGGCCAAUUAGGCGAUGUUAUGAAGGAGAGUUCAAGGAUAGCAUAUACUUAUGCUAAGCAUUUUGUAAGUAAGAUUGAUGAAGACAAUAGAUUGUUUUCUCGUGCUGGCAUUCAUCUGCAUGUGCCGGAGGGAGCAACUCCAAAAGAUGGUCCAUCGGCUGGUUGCACAAUUACAACUGCGUUAAUUUCUUUAGCUAUCGAUAAACCGGUUAGACAAAAUUUUGCAAUGACUGGAGAAAUAUCGCUAACGGGCAAGGUUUUGCCUGUUGGUGGAAUUAAAGAGAAGCUCAUUGCGGCUCGCCGAGCUGGUGUUGAUUGUAUUGUCCUUCCGGCUGGAAACAACAAGGAGUUCAAAGAAUUGCAUAGUAGCGUCACCGAAGGAUUAGAUAUUCACUUCGCAGAAACUUAUAAUGACGUAUAUAAUGUCGCUUUUGAAAGUACAUGCAAUUAAAUUAUCUUAGUUUAUCUAACACGACGAAAUGGAAUUCUAUACCAUACAGAAUCAUUGGUAAUGUUAGGUUAAUAAGUAACUUCCUGAAGAGUACAAUUAUCGAAUAGGUGAUAAUCAGUUUUUUGUUCGUUUAAAAAUUUUUC